GUUCUAUUGUUCCCUCCCAUUUACUUCCUGUACAGCUACAGCUCGACACGACCAGAGCACUGAGAGAUAUCAGGUAUUGAUGUAACUGGAGUGAAUAAGGGAACCUUCUUCCUGAGCACAGACUUUGAAGCCUAUCAGCAUGAACUCAUAUGUGUUAGACACUUGACUAGUUAAUAUCCAUCCUUCACUACAGGAAGCAUCAGAAUGAUACAGAAGACUCCAAAAGUCUCAGACACUAAUAACUAUUCACAAACAAUGGGGAUAUCACAGCAGAUAUGUAAAGAAGAGGUUAAUUAGCAGGAACUGGGCAGCAAUCAUUAUGUACAGAGAGUAAUUUAGACAUCAAACAAGAGGACAACAUUUAUGCCUUAUCUAGUGAAAUUAUUAUCCUAGAGGAUAAACCACACACAUUUACUGAGUUUUCAAAACAUUUAAAAGAAGGGAAAAGUCUUGAUUCUAGCCAAAUGUUUCAUACAAAGGAGAAACCAUUCAAAUGUACAGAAUGUGAGAAAAGCUUCACAUGUAAUUUGCAUCUCCCUGAACACCACACAGUUGACACAGUUGUGAAACCUUACACAUGUACAGAAUGUAGGAGAUGUUUCACAUCUAAAGAAAACCAUAUGUAUCAUGAAAAAGCCCACACAGGGGAGAAACAUUUCACAUGUAAUGAGUGUGGGAGAUGUUUCACAUCCAAGGUAAAUCUCAUAUCUCAUGAAAUGACCUACACAGGGGAGAAACCUUUCACAUGUGCAAAAUGUGGAAAAAGUUUCACACAUAAGGAUUAUCUGAAAACUCAUGAAAGGAUUCACACUGCAGAAAAGCCAUUCACAUGUACAGAGUGUGGAAAAUGUUUUACACGGAAGAGUAGUCUGAAAAUUCAUGAAAGAAUUCACACAGGAGAAAAGCCUUUUACGUGUACAGAGUGCGGAAAAAGUUUUACACAAAUACAUAGUCUGAGAAUUCAUGAAAUGAUUCACACAGCAGAAAAGCCAUUCACUUGUACAGAGUGUGGAAAAUGUUUUAUACGGAAGAGUAGUCUGAAAAUUCAUGAAAGAAUUCACACAGGAGAAAAGCCUUUCACAUGUACAGAGUGUGGAAAAAAAUUUAAACUAAUAAGUCAUCUGAAAAGUCAUGAAAGGAAUCACACAGGAGAAAAACCUUUCACAUGUACAGAGUGUGGAAAAAGUUUUACACAAAUACAUAGUCUAAAAAUUCAUGAAAGGAGUCACACAGGAGAAAAAGAAGAAAAAUCUUUCACAUGUACAGAGUGUGGAAAAGGAUUUACAAACAAGAGUAAUCUGAAAACUCAUGAAAUGAUUCACACAGGAGAAAAACCUUUCACAUGUACAGAGUGUGGAAAAUGUUUUACACAAAUAAGUGGUCUGAAAACCCAUGAAAGGAUUCACACAGGAGAAAAACCUUUCACAUGUACAGAGUGUGGAAAAUGUUUUACACUAAAGAAUAGUCUGAAAACUCAUGAAAGGAUUCACACAGGAGAAAACCCUUUCACAUGUACAGAGUGUGGAAAAUGUUUUACACAAAUAAGUGGUCUGAAAAUUCAUAAAAGGAUUCACACAGGAGAAAAACCUUUCACAUGUACAGAGUGUGGAAAAUGUUUUACACAAAUAAAUGGUCUGAAAACUCAUGAAAGGAGUCACACAGGAGAAAAACCUUUCACAUGUAGAGAGUGUGGAAAAUGUUUUACACAAAUAAGUGGUCUGAAAACUCAUGAAAGGAGUCACAAGAGAAAACCCUCUCACAUGUACAGAGUGUGGAAAAGGAUUUACAAACAAGAGUAAUCUGAAAACUCAUAAAAGGCUUCUCACAGGAGAAAAACCUUUCACAUGUACAGAGUGUGGAAAAUGUUUUACACAAAUAAGUGGUCUGAAAACUCAUGAAAGGAGUCACAGGAGAAAAACCUUUCACAUGUACAGAGUGUGAAAAAUGUUUUACACAAAUGGCCUGAAAACUCAUGAAAGGAGUCACACAGGAGAAAAUUCUUUCACAUGUUUAGAAAGUUGAAAAAGGUAUCUUGUGCCAGUCAGGUAUCACAAAAACACCAAAUAUUUACACAUAAAAUAUUUAUAUGCACUGUGUGGAAACCUUUUAAAAAUUAUCCUAAAGAGGACAAACUCUCUAAAUGUCACGCCACCCGGCCGUCGCUCUAUCCAUUGCCAUGGACGAUGCGGUAAGCUUAAGGCGCCGGUGAUGACAUAAUCACUGCACGCCUCUCUUCCUGAUGCCGGUCCGGAUCCCUCCUGUGGCGCGAAUCCUGCACCUAUGUAAGUACUUCAGUUACACUCAUCUGUGUCCAAAUAUAGGUGUUACUGUGUGUGCUCCUGGGUGCUGUAUUACUUACUAUUGCUGGAUUGCCAUACUGUUACUGAACUCUGCUUAACCCCUGUAUUGCUGGAUUGCCUUAUUAUUGCUUAACCCCUGAACUGUUAUACUGCUGGAUUUCCUUGUUGCUGACACCUGCCUGUUCCUGACCAUUCUAUUGGUUUACCCUUGAACUGCUUUUCUGCUGGAUUGCCUUCCUGUUGCCGGACUCAGCCUGUCUUGACCAUUCUCAGCCUUCAUCUAAUUGUCGUCCUGCUUACCUCAUUUUAUAAACUCUUUCUGUUCUUGGAUAUUUCCUAUCAUUCCACUUGACGCCGGGAUAAAAAGACUACUGGCCAAGUUUGGUCUGAUAGAGAAAUAUGCCACAAGCAUUACACUAAAUAGAAGAGUCAAAAAAGGAUUCUAUUGUAAAUAAUACUUUCUAAAUCCUAGUUACAAAAUCUCCAUAUUGGAAGUGCUCUCCUGCUGUACUUUGUUCCUCUAUAUAUGCGCACCUCAGUUUCUCUCAUAUCAAUGUGAUAGAAUCCAAACACGACACAGGAAUAUACAGAUCUGUCCUCAUACUGACCAGUUUACACAACCAUUCACCACCAAAGCAAGUUAGGAGUUGUACGUUUGUUUUACAUAGAGGAGGAAAUAAUUAUAUUUACAAAAUAAAGGAGUUUUUAUAGGAAUAGAGUGUUAGAGAAUUAUAUAAAUCAGUCUCAAAUGAUUGACAUCUGGGAGACAUAUUUAUUGUGCACAUCAUGUGGAUAAACCUUUUCUUAUAGCAAUAGAUGCUUAGCAUUGUACAUGUUAUAUACCAGGGGAAUUACUGAGGGGAAACUGAUUUUAUUUCAUGAGACACAAUAUCAGUAACUGGUACAUUUGUGAUCAUAAUCAGUUUAAUUUAAAUGGCUACUAUAACCUACAUGUAUACUGGGUAUGUAAUAUGUGUGUCAUGUUCUGUAACUUGAUAUUAUGUCAGAUGUUUUCAUGUUAGUUAGUAGCCACAAGAACUGAUAAUAGCACAUACUGUAUAUAUAAAGGGAACAUUAUAUGUCUGAUAAAUCCCUUUGUAUCAAGAGCACAAGUGUUAGGUAUAUUUAUACCAUUGUGUGCAUAUAUCAUGUAAUGCUGCUUUUUACCAUAUAAUGAUAUACAAUGUUUUUUCAUGCAAAUAAAAAUGAUUGGAAUCCAGAA